CACUACAUUAAGAGUCGACAUGCAUUUUUGUCUCUCCAGGAAGUGUCCUGACUUUUCAACUUGCAGACCAUAGAAGUCAUGGUCAAAGCCAUCAAGAGUCGACAUGCCUUGUCCCCCCGUACAUGUAUUUUAAUUUGAUAUAUCUCUCCCUCUUAUCCCAAGACACGUCUUCAUUCAUAAAAUCCUCGACUCUUCCUUCCUACCCAUUUCUAUAAAUUCCAUUACACAAUGUUAAUUUCUGCCACUCUCAUUGUCAUUCCCACACAUACACUUCCAUUAAGCCAUAACUCACAAACUUUGUUUCCUUUUCUACAACUCAAAAAAAUAAAAAUAAAAACUUUUCUCUAUACAUACUAUUUCAUUAGUGAGAUGCAGGAUUGUUAGGUGAAAUGGCAUUGGUUAGACUUGGACUUUAGAAAAUAAUUUGACCCUCUCAACCUUUGAAUAUGGGAAUGUUCAAUUAAAUCCAGUAACCAUUUACCAUUGCAUAAUGCAAUGCAUCGCAUAUGAGCUACUUGAUUGACAAGCUAAGGAAAAAAAACAAAAACAAAAAGUCGACACAAAUAUUCGUCUCGCUUUUCGGCCUUUUGCUUUUAAGCUCUUCUCUCUUUUGCUUUUAUUUAUUUUCAGGUAUUAGCGUAUGUUUUGUUCCUUAAAGACAACAUUAGUUAUAAGCGGAGUCGAAUCUUGUACUGGGUAGUUAGGGAAGCUAGUAUUCUUCGUUAUUGACGACAUGGUGUGCUCACCGCUUUCCCAUUUCCUCUCCCUUUCCUCUCCCUUUCCGUCUCUGUAAUUUAUCUCAUCAAAUCACCUUAAACCCUUCAUUUCCAAACCAAAUAUCUUCUCUCAUCUCCAUUUCUUUAGUUUAUUGGUGGUUGUGUAAGUGUUCGUCUUUAUAAUAUCUUUUGUAUUGCUCAGGAUCAUUGAUUUCUGGGUUGUGUCAAGAUUUGGCCUUUGGCUGGUUGUGUUGGGUUUUGCUUGGAUUCUGGGAAUCUUGCUUUUUGUGGACGAUUGUAGUGAGAGAGUAAAGUUCCAUCUUAUCUUUGACUUCAAGCUGAGUUGCAGGUAAUCUGAUCUUAUUAAGUUAAGUGCUACAGUUAGCAAAAUCAUAAAAUUUCACAUUUUGAUUACAGAAAUUUCAUGAGGGUUUUACUUUACCAAGUGAAAUAUAGCUCUUGGGUGCUUAGGAUCUAACCAAAGUCCAAGUCUUUGGGUCAUUUUUGGUUCUUCAACCUACUCAUCGACUGGAUUUGACUGGAUUUCGUAACUUUCCCAGUAUUCUUUGCAUUUAGAGGACUUGGUUAGCUGCAUUUUCAAGGCUUUGCUAGAUUUAAGAUCUUUUGAGCUUCUUCCAAAUUCAUUCAAGAUAAGAAAGAGGAAAAGGAAUUAUCUUUUUUUGUUAGUUAGCCAUAGUUUGUUUUUCGGGAAAUAUCUGGACGCAAAUGAUGGGAGCAAAAUCCAGUAAAAACAAGGGUGUCGAUGGCCAAGCACAAUCAUCAUCACCACCACCACCACCACCACCACCACAAUCCCUUGAAAUCAAUACCAAUUCCCAGGACACAGCCGAUUUGAGCUCGUACGAGGCAGCCUGUAAACAUGACCCGGCCUUACAAUCAUUUGAUGCCACUCUCCGACAGCGCACUAGCCGUGUCAUCACCUCACUUUCCACUGGACUCGAAGUUCGGUCCCUAUCUCUUGACUCACUCAAAGAGGUUACUGAUUGCUUGCUUGAAAUGAACCAGGAAGUGGUCAAAGUCAUUCUAGAAUGCAAGAAGGAUAUAUGGAACAGUAAAGAAAUGUUCUCUCUUGUGGAGGAAUACUUUGAGAACAGUCUUCAAACGAUGGACUUCUGUACUGCCCUUGAGCAAUGUCUCAAGCGCGCUCUGAAUAACCAGCUGAUAAUUCAAGCUGCAGUUAGACAGUUUCAGGAAGAAGUAGAAGCUGGAGCUGAAGGGAAGAGGUGUGAGAGGACCUUACAAGAAUUGAGGGCAUUUAAGGCAGCUGGGGACCCUUUCACGGACGAAUUCUUUAUACUGUUUCAGUCAGUUUAUAAGCAACAGGCAUCGAUGUUUGAGAAACUGCAACUUCGUAAGAGAAAACUUGAUAAGAAGUUGAAAUCAGUCAAAGCUUGGAGGAGAGUGUCAAAUGUUAUUUUUGUUGCCGGUUUCGUCUCUGUAUUGGUUUUUUCUGUGGUGGCAGCUGCUAUUGCUGCACCACCGCUUGUAACAGCCUUGGCAGGAGCAUUGGCUGUUCCAAUAGGUUCAAUUGGAAAGUGGUGUAAUUUGCUCUGGAAUCGUUAUGAGAGGACACUGAAGGGGCAGAGGGAGAUAAUCAGCUCAAUGCAGAUUGGGACUUAUGUUACAAUGAAGGACCUGGACAACAUCCGGGUGCUUGUUGACAAAUGGGAAAUUCAGAUUGAGUCACUGUUGCAGACUGCUGGUUUUGCUCUUAGAGAAGAGGACACUGUGAAGCUAGUGAUAGAUGAGAUCAAGAAAAAGCUGGAAAUGUUUGUGGAAACCAUUGAUAAUUUAAGCCAACAUGCUGAUAAGUGUAGCCGGAAUAUAAGGAGGGCGAGGACAGUGAUUUUGCAGAGAAUAAUUAGGCAUCCCGACAAAUGAGAAGCCUUUUGAGAUUGUUCAUCUUCAGUCUGAUAUGUAUCGGCCUAAUGGAUCCAACGGCUGAAGACAUACAAAGUAUGAAGUGUGGAAUAUGAAAGGGCUCAGUCAAGAGGCCGAGAAAGGCAUGCAUUCUUGAUAGGAAGAAAAUUGUUGAAUGAUUUUUGCUUCAGUUGUUUUUUAUCUGGUUUGUUGUAUGAAAUUUUUGGGGAUACUCAACUGUUACAUGGUGAAAUGAUGUAAAAACAUGAAAACGUGAAUGUAUUUCUUUAAUUACUA